UUAAGCACUUGAGUGGAUUGUCACGUUCACUUGAAGACGCAGCAGAGGAAGAUGUUUCCCAUUGUUCAGUAUCAGCCUCUAAGACUAAUAACCCAAAACACUCCUUCUAAUAUGUGCUUAAAACUGAUGUUUUCAAGACCCGUAGCUUUCCCACAAACAUGGAAGUCAUGGCUCUCAAGCCAUUCUCUCCUUGGAAACAAGAAUGUUAUCCUAAUGGGACCUCCGGGUGCUGGGAAAACAACAGUAGGGAGAAUAGUAGGUCAGAAACUAGACUGCCCUGUCAUAGAUGUUGAUGAUGAUGUCCUUGAAACAACGUGGAAUAUGAGUGUGUCAGAAAAGCUGCAGGAUGUUGGUAACGAGCAAUUUUUAGAGGAGGAAGGAAAAGCCCUGUUGAAACUCUCAGCAUCUGGCAGUGUAAUUUCCCUUACUGGGUCCAAUCCCCUGCAUGCUGCUAGCAUGCAGCACGUGAAGCGCAACGGCCUCGUCGUGUACCUGGACGUGCCCACCGCAGUCAUUAUGCGCAGGCUGCAGGUAAUGCGAGUGGAUCGCAUUGUCGGCCAGGGCCCUGGGGUGUCUCUCAGGGACAUCCUUCAGUUUCGGAAGCAGUUUUACAAACGGUGGCACGAUAUCCGUGUUCUUUGUGCAGGGGAGAGUACAGCAGAGGCCGUAGCAGAAAAGGUACUUGAUGCAGUUAAGCGAUACCAAAACUCGGAAUUGGAAACUUUUAUUUCAACUAGGGCUAGUAGGUCUGGAAAUUGUAAGGAAAAAGACUCUGCUAAAUAUUUCAGUGAUGUUGUCACUGAGGGCCUAGCCCCUGACGGAGGACUCUUUGUUCCCGAGAAUGGACUUCCAAAAUUAUCUGCUGGAGAAUGGCAAAGCCUGAUAGAAGCAACCUAUGUUGAAAGAGCCCAAGUAAUACUGGAAAGGUGCAUACAUCCAGCUGAUAUUCCUGCUUCUACCCUGGGAGAAAUCAUUGCCACUGCCUAUGGAGAAAACUUCACUUGUUCUAAAAUUGCCCCGGUUAGGCACCUGACAGGCAACCAGUUUCUCCUUGAGCUGUUUCAUGGCCCAACAGCUUCAUUUAAGGAUUUUGCAUUGCAGAUAAUGCCACAUAUAUUUGCAUACUGUGUUCCCAGAAGUUGCAAUUACCUGGUUCUGGUCGCUACUUCUGGAGACACAGGGAGCGCCGUCUUGGAUGGCUUCAGCCGGCUCCGUGAUGCUGACAAACAGAGAAUUGCCGUGAUGAGUUUUUUUCCUGAGGAUGGCGUAAGCCAAAUUCAGAAAUCACAGAUGAUUGGCUGUCAGAAAGAAAAUGCCCGGUCAAUAGGUGUCAAAUCUGAUUUUGACUUUUGCCAGACAGCAAUAAAACAAAUCUUUACUAAUUCUGAUUAUACUGGCUUUCUUACCAUAGAAUAUGGAACAGCUUUAGCUGCAGCAAACUCAAUAAACUGGGCACGGCUGCUCCCUCAGAUAGUUUAUCAUGCCUCUGCAUACCUUGACCUUGUUAAUCAGGAUAUUAUUGCUUUCGGAAGCCCUGUAGAUGUCUGCAUUCCUACAGGAAACUUUGGCAACAUAUUAGCUGCAUUGUAUGCUAAAAUGAUGGGAAUUCCUAUUAGGAAAUGCAUAUGUGCUUCCAAUGAAAACAAUGUUUUGACAGACUUUGUAAGAACAGGUACGUAUGAUUUGAGGGGAAGAAGGUUAAUUCCCACUUCAUCCCCAGCAAUUGAUAUUUUGAAGUCCUCCAAUCUUGAACGGUAUUUGCAUCUGAUUGCUAGUGGUGAUGGGCAACUUGUGUCACAGUUAUAUAACCAGCUGGAAAAUCAGGGCCACUUCCAGCUACAGAGAGGGCUACUAGAAAAGCUUCAACGGGACGUGGUGGCAGGGUGGUGCUCCGAGGAGGACUGUCUCGCUGCCAUCCACUCUGUGUACAGUACUACGGGGUAUAUUUUGGAUACACACACAGCUGUUGCUAAAGUAGUUGCGGAUCGAUUGCAAGACAGGACUUGCCCAAUUAUUAUUUCAUCUACGGCUCAUUAUUCUAAGUUUGCACCUGCCAUCUUGAGGGCUUUGAGGAUUGCAGAAAUAAAACAGAAUCCGUUAAGUCAGCUUCACUUGCUGAGCUCUUACAGCCCUCUGCCUCCAGUCCACUGGGGCCUGUUAGAGACACUGAAAAGGAAUGAGAAUGAGGGUCAUCAGAUCUGUGCUGCUGAUACGAGUGUGCUCAUGUCUCACAUAGAAGCCUUAAUUCAAAGCCAUUUUACGAAAGUUUACUAAGUAAAUCUGUCUUAAACACGCA